CUUUACAACACCUUGAUUAUAUCUAUAUCCUAGGCUUUAACUAGCUUUGGGGGUUUGUCACUCCCAUCGAGGAAUAUUGUCUCUUACUCUGUUCGUUGAAGUCCACUUCGUCCACCGAAUUCUAGUAUCAGAGAACUUUGGAACAGCAGGUCAGAACCUCGUAAGUACUCGAAACCAAAAUGUUGACUCGUGCACGCCCAAGUACGCGCUUGGUUACACAAUGCGCUCGUCUUGCCUCCACCUCCACCAGUACGAACACUACUCUACCUACCGAGGACACUUCGCUUUUCCACCGACCCUCGAACUCCUCCAACGCUUCUGUUCCAAUCAGGAACUUCGACUUCAAUCGUGGUAAUGAUAGAGGACAGGGGCGGUCAGGCCAGAAGAGGGCGAGGUAUGAGAUAGAGAGAACAGCGCAUGUGAGGACAUGGAGGCAACUGGGGAGUAUGGCCGAAGGGAUGGCGAUCGUGAAGGUGUUGGAAAGGAAGUAUGGCAAGGUCAGGGAGGUUAUGUUUUCAAAGGACGCAGAGAGGUCAGAGGCCUAUCAGUUUCGUUUAUGGGUCAUCUUCGAGGAUAAAAGCUCCAUUGAUCUCAUUCGACAAGCCAACGCUGAUUCCGAACCGCCUCACGAAGACGCCGGCAAUACCUCCCGCCCAAAGCGCAUUGACGGGCGUACUCCCGCAAGUACCGAAAAAGGACCGCACGCACUCGACUUCAAAUUGAGAGUCCCUGUCGUGCCUCCUGUGCAGAUGAAAGAUGGGGGAGUGAGCCUUGCGGAUCUGUUGCCCUUUGUAUCGGGAUCUGCUGGCGCCCCAGCGCACGCACAGGCCUCGAAUGACAGGCCGCUUGAUCAUGUUGAUGAGAUGAUGGAACCUAAGGGAACGGCACCAGCGGGUUGGAGGGAUAUUGAUAUCAGGCUUGAACCUGCUACCUCCGUACCCUCGACCAAUUUCACCGUGCCUGCGACCGCCCAGAGAGACCCCCACUUACGCACCCUCUCAAUGAGGACCAAGGCUGCAUUCGGACGGGCAUGGCUCGACUGGGGUGGCUUUUCCACCACGAGUGCGGACAUUGCUCAGCCAGAUCUGAUGAGGGUGAAUGCGAAAUGGGAUGCUCUUAUCGGGGCGCAGGCAACGGAGGUUGUGGAGAAAGAUUCAAACACGGAGGUGCAGGCAGGUACCGAAGACCCGGCCGAACCGCUGCAGGUCGAGGUCGAUGAGCAGGGACCACAGCCUACAGGAGCAAUGGUUGAGCCACAGACUUCAAACUUACGACGAGCCAAAUUGCAUGUCCUCCUCGAUGGCCUCGCUCGUCAUUCCACCAACGUGACGCCGUCGGUUCCCUCCCGCUCGCCUCAAAUCGAAAAGCAAGAAACGCCUAUCUCGGAGUCUACAAAUUUGAACUCAGAACCUACCCGCGCACAGACGAAGAGGGAAAAGAUCCUGGCUAGGGCCAGGGCAGUUUCGAAGGAACCGUUGCCGGAGCAUCUCAUUCCCAAUGCGGGUGUUAAGAGGCCUAUCAGCCAGGAGGAAAAGGACGAGACCGCGCCUCAGGCGUUCUUGAAGUCCUUUGCAGAGACAUUUAGGGAUGGGAGUGGUUUCAGUAGUGAUGUCGAAAAGGAUCGGUCAAGGAGUGCGAAGUCCAAGGAAGACGAGGACGUGCACGGCAGAAAGGAUAAGGUGGAUGUUGAGCAUGCAGAGGCGCGCCAGAAAGGGACAGAAGCGCAGGACGAGGCGAGUAGGAAGGACACUGAUGAGACGUUGAGGAAGAGGUUGAUGAAGUUCGUGGGUUUGGGUGGUUAGGCGUGCAUAUACAUCGCCUCUCCUGGUCGUAUAACCCUUCAUAGUAUUAGAUAUUGCUUAAUCUCUGCCCAGCUCGAUCAGCUCCUUGGUGGGUGUGUCUUCCCAGUCUGCGGAGUGGUCUACCUGGGUUUGCCACCGUGGCGCAAGCUGUGGGGAACAGCUUCGGAGUAUCCCGUCCCGACAUAUAACGCCGUUCGGGCCACUUAGCGCUGACCAUCUUCGUCUUCAUUUGCGACUUCCACUUGGGCGUGUUUUGCUUGGAAUUUAGGGGCCUGAGACUUCAGCUGAAC